ACUUUACCUCUGAAUCCUUUUUUCCCCAAGUGAAAAAAUUGGGGUACUUUAUUCUUGAGAACGAAAGCUCUCCCAGUAACGCCAAAAUCGUAUACGAUUGAAAAAAAUUCUAGAGAGAGAGAAAGAAGACCAAGAUGAGGAUAGAGAGAGUGAAGGACCACGUAAACGAAUACAGUCCAUGUAUGUAAUGAAGGAUUCUUGGGAGAACACGAUACAACUACAAUUCGCCUUUAUACCCUUCUUCACCUGCAAUUAAGUUUCUUCAGUUCAGUACUAGUACUUCUUCUAUUAUAGCUCUCUUAAUUUUUCUCGCUUACAAUGUCCGGCGACGCUUCUGCUUCUGUUUCUGUUUCUUCUUCUGGGUUUUGUUUGGAGGGCCUUGAUGAUGUUCAAGAUUAUCCAUGGGCCAAUGAAGGAGAGCCAUCUAUGUCGUGGGACAGGUAUAGUCAUCUAUAUGAUAUAGUGCAAACGGGCAACAAAGCAUACCGUGAGAACAGAUGGGACGAGGCUAUCAAUUGUUACACAAGAGCUAACAACACUAGGCCAAAUGAUCCUAUUAUUCUUAGCAACAGAUGCGCUUCAUACCUCAGGUUUAGCCAAUUUCUGAAAAGUAGAACUGCAUCAGAUUCAGAAUACAGGCCAUUGAGUGGGUUGGAUCCUACAACACUUGCUGGGCUUGCAUUAAAGGAUGCUGAGAAGGUGAUGCAUCUGCAGAACAAUUCAGUAAACUCAUAUAUUCUGAAGGCAAACUCACUCAUUUUGUUAGAAAAAAAUGAGCUAGCCCAAGAUGUAAUCCGUUCAGGCCUUCAAGUGAAUCCUCUAAGCAAUCCCCUUCUAAAUUUGGAGAAAUCGAUCAAAGCUACACUUGGAACGAGAAGCCACGGGAUACCACAGCGCAGUGAUGAUUUUGACUGUACUCUGUGCUUAAAGCUAUUAUAUGAACCUAUAACAACUCCUUGUGGACAUUCUUUUUGCCGUGCAUGCCUCUUCCAAUCAAUGGACCGAUAUAACAGAUGCCCAUUGUGCCGAACAGUUCUUUUCAUUAGUCCCAGAACAUGUGCAAUCAGUGUAACAUUGAAUAACAUAAUAGAAAAGAAUUUUCCCGAGGAAUAUGCUGAAAGGAAGGCUGAGAAUGACAGUCUUAUAAACCUUGGUGUUGACUUGCUGCCUCUUUUUGUCAUGGACGUUAUUCUACCAUGCGAGAAGCUUGCACUUAACAUUUUUGAACCUCGUUACAGACUUAUGGUUAGGAGGAUAAUGGAAGGAAAUCGUCGAAUGGGAAUGGCUGUUGUUGAUCCUACGACGGGUUCGAUAGCUGAUUAUGCUUGUGAAGUGGAGAUUAUAGAAUGUGAGCCACUUCCAGACGGGCGUUUCUAUCUGGAGGUUGAAAGUCGACGUAGAUGUCGCAUCGUACAAUAUUGGGAUCAAGACGGGUAUCGUGUUGCGGAGGUUGAAUGGAUACAGGAUAUAUGCCCAGCGGAAGGAACAAGAGAGAGGCAUGAAUUACUGGAGAUGGCAAAUAAGGCGGCGGCAUUUGCUCAACAGUGGUUGAGGAACGCACAAGAAGUGGCAGGAGAUCGUAGACGCGCAGAACUCUUCAAAGCUGAAGGAUUGAUGCCAUCGCCACAGGAUCCUGAGCGUUUAAGUUUUUGGCUUACAACCCUGACCAGUCGUAGACCAACAGAGAAAUUAGACCUGCUUCAGAUAAGAGAUACACAUGAGAGGAUAAGGCGAGGACUCCUAUACAUGAAAGCAGAAGAACAAGGAUGCCGACUGCAACUGUUGAUGCUACUUGUAUCAAUGACGCCGAGUUCUGCUGGUUUCGAGGCUUAUUCAAGAUCAUCAAUUUUUAGCCAUUUCAUUAAGCUCACAAUAUUCUUCUUGACCUUUACAAACAUAAACGUGCUACUCUUACACUAUUUGCUAUCCUUAUGUCUAUUCAAAAAUUCUACUAGUAAUUCUAACAUCAAGAAUCUUGCUCUCACACAACAAAAUAUGAGAGGAAGAAAACACCAUUUUGUCAUUUUUGCUUUUCUUGUACUGUAUUUUGCAAAUAUAGCCACUUCAACUUCUAAAGGAAAAUUUACACCAGCUGAUACUUAUCUGAUCAAUUGUGGAUCCCCUGAUACUACAUUGCUUGAUGAUGGAAGGACUUUUAAGUCUGAUCCUCAAUCUGCUUCUUACUUGUCUACUGAUCAGACUAUUUUAGCUUCUGUUAAAUCUUUACAAGAAAAGGUUUCUUUUUCUUCUGAAUCUUUGUUGUAUCAAACAGCAAGAAUAUUUGAAAGUGAAUCUUUGUAUAGAUUUCUUGUUUUUCAACCAGGCAGGCAUUGGGUGCGUUUGUAUUUUUAUCCUCUUUCACAUCCAAAUUACAAUCUAACAAGUGCUAUGUUCAGUGUUUCUUGUGAUAGUAUUGUUUUACUGCAUGAUUUCUCAGUGAAGGAUACUAGUAAAACACUGUUCAAAGAGUAUCUUAUUAAUAUUACUUCAUCUCAAUUUACCCUCAAAUUUUCACCUCAGAAGAAAUCUUUUGCUUUUAUCAAUGCUAUUGAGUUUGUCUCAGCACCAGAUGAUCUCAUUCCUGAUUCAGCUGCUGCAGUUUCUCCUGUUGGUGAUUUCAAUGGCUUGUCUAAAUUCGCGUUUGAAGUAAGUUAUCGGCUUAAUAUUGGAGGGUCAAUUGUCACACCUAAAAAUGAUACAUUGUGGAGGACAUGGUUGCCUGAUGAUCAGUAUAUGGUGUUUCCACAAGGAGCUCAGAAUGUGUCGGUUCCUCCUAAGACGAUCAAAUAUCCGGAUGGAGGUGCAACGCCUUUGAUUGCUCCACGUUGGGUUUAUGCCACAGCUGAUAGGAUGGCUGAUGCUGGGGUUGCAAACUCGAAUUUUAAGCUAACGUGGGAGAUGAACGUUGAUCCGAGCUUUUCCUACUUGAUCAGAAUGCAUUUCUGUGAUAUUGUUAGCAAAGGCCUAAAUGAGUUAUACUUCAAUGUCUAUAUUAAUGAGAUAAUGGGGGUCUCUAGUCUUGACCUCUCAACACUCACUUCAGAUUUGGCCACCCCUUAUUACAAAGACUUUGUGCUCAAUGCCACUGCCAUCACCAAUGGCUCGAUCAUCGUGCAGGUGGGGCCCGCGGCUGAUGUUCUGUCUAGCCUCCCAAAUGCCAUCCUCAAUGGGUUAGAGGUCAUGAAGAUAAGCAACAUGGCAGGAAGUUUGGAUGGGCUGUUCUCAUCUGGUGGACCGAAUGCAGGCCUAGUGCCAAAAUCUCGCGGUAUGAGAAUUGCUGCUGCUUUUGGAUUGGCAAUGGGGGUUACAGCAAUAGUACUGCUUGUAAUGGGCAUUGUUAGGUGGCGACAGAAACCAAAAAAUGGUUGGGAAAGACAGAAGACAUUCUCUUCUUGGCUUCCUCUCAAUGCCAGUUACUGUAGUUUCAUGUCAAGCAAGAGCAAGACUAGUUGUUCAACAAUCAUAUCCUCUGGCCUCAACUUUGGCCGGCUUUUCACUUUCAAUGAAAUCAAGAUUGCAACAAAAAACUUUGAUGAAAAGGCAGUCAUUGGUGUUGGAGGCUUCGGAAAAGUCUACCUCGGUGAAUUGGAAGAUGGAAUAAAACUCGCCAUAAAACGAGGAAAUCCAUCAUCCUCACAAGGUAUAAACGAAUUCAGAACUGAAAUUGAGUUGCUAUCCAAGCUUAGGCAUAGACAUCUUGUUUCACUCAUUGGGUAUUGCGAUGAACAAUCAGAAAUGAUUCUUGUCUAUGAGUACAUGUCUAAUGGUCCUCUUCGCGACCACAUUUAUGGUUCCACUUUGCCAACACUAUCAUGGAGACAAAGGCUCGAAAUUUGCAUAGGAGCUGCUCGAGGACUACACUACCUUCACACUGGAUCAACUCAAGGAAUAAUACACCGCGAUAUAAAAACCACAAACAUCCUCCUGGAUGAGAACUUUGUUGCAAAGAUGGCUGAUUUUGGCUUGUCAAAAACCGGACCUUCACUGGAGCAAACGCACGUUAGCACAGCAGUGAAGGGUAGUUUUGGUUACCUUGAUCCUGAAUACUUCAGAAGACAACAACUAACAGAAAAAUCUGAUGUUUACUCAUUUGGGGUAGUCCUAUUUGAGGUAUUAUGUGCAAGGCCUGCACUUGAUCCAGCAUUGCCAAGGGAACAAGUAAAUUUAGCAGAGUGGGCAAUGCAGCAGCACAGAAAGGGUUCUCUGGAGAAGAUCAUGGACCCUAAUCUUGCAGGAACCAUUAGGCCCGAGGCGUUAAGGAAAUAUGUGGAAGCUGCAGAGAAAUGCUUGGCAGAAUAUGGGGUUGAUAGGCCUACAAUGGGAGAUGUUUUGUGGAACUUAGAAUAUGCUUUGCAACUUGAAGGAGCAUCCCCACAGACUGAUCUUCCGGAGGAGAAUGAGAAUGAAAAUUCAAAGCCAAGUUCUUCAGAACAACCUGGGACGAAUCUGAAGGCCAAUAAAGAGGAGCAGCUAAUUAACAUCAAUGAUGAUUCUGGAGUGGUGGUUGGUUCUCCUAUGUUCUUAGAAGAUUUUCAAGGAAGAUAACUGAUAUUACACCAACUCCUUUUUAUUUUAUUUUUUGAUUUUCUGCUUUUGAUGUUUUUACUUUACUUCUCAAGCAAUCUUGGUUUAUCUGUGAUUGAUUUCCUGUUUAGGUCAUGAUUGACUGGAGACAUCCCUAAGUUUGUCUGUAUAAGAGGAUCUAAUUGAGUUUCACUUUUAAGUACUUGUAGCUAUAUUUACAGAUUUAUCUUCACUCAGGUGUUAUUUUUCCA